AUGUUGAAUACCGUUCUUCUCCUCGCAUCUCUUACGCUGGUCCUUGCAGCACCGACCAUUGAUCCUGCCUCGUCGAUCGCAGGUUCCACCGUCAGCUUUUCCUUCCCACCCGCAGGUGCCACGUUCACUGCAUAUGAAGCCUACUUCCCCGGUGCUUCAGAAGUUGGAUAUCCCGGUCCCACUCCUACUGGUGAUGAGGCGGAGGCUAUCCAGACUGCUCCCGCUGCGGCACUCAACCUCGAUGCCUACCCUCUCGUGAACCCAUUGGCCCAGUACACAGGAGAUGUCCCUUCGUUCAACACUUUGCACCACUGGGGAAACCUCGGUCCUUGGUAUUCUGUCGGUGAAGCCUUCGGUCUGCCUGGCGCCUCACCACAGAUUCCUGCUGGGUGUGAGCUCACGCAAGUCCAUCUUCUCCAUCGCCACGGUGCCAGGUACCCUACGUCUGGUUCGGACCCGGGCCAGUUUGCGGCCUUCGUGCACUCGGCCGCCGAGGGCGCCGGUUUUACUGCGACCGGUCCCUUGGAAUUCUUGAAUUCGUGGACGUACAAGCUUGGCGCUGAGAUAUUGACUCCGUUCGGUCGGGAACAGCUCUACGAACUCGGUGUGGGCUUCCGGGUGAAAUACGGUGAACUCUUGAAGGGGUUCAAUGCUCUUCCAGUAUGGCGGACAACCUCAGAGGAGCGAAUGGUUGACUCUGCUUUGCAAUUUGCUGCAGGUUUCUUCGGUGUACAGCAAUACCAGAACUCCUAUUAUGAGGAGAUCAUCGUCGAGAACUCCGGGUUCAACAACACGCUGUCUCCAUGGAACGCGUGCCCGAACUCCAACAACGCGGUCGGCAAUCUCGGUGGCGUAUACUCCGGCAAUUGGACCGACAUCUACCUCAACGGUACCGUAGAGAGGUUGCAGAAGUAUGUGACCGGUCUUGAGCUGAACACGAACUAUGUGUUCGGGAUGCAGCAGCUUUGUGCUUAUGAGACUGUCGCUCUCGGCUAUUCGGACUUCUGCGAUAUCUUUACUGUGGAGGAAUGGCUUGGCUUUGAGUACGCAAACGACCUGAGCUUCUGGUACAGUAACGGUCCCGGAAGUCCCGUCGCUGCUGCACAGGGAAUAGGCUAUGUCCAGGAGCUCGUGUCGCGCCUGACACAGACACCGCUCACGGUAUUCGACACCAGCACGAAUGGAACGUUGGACGGCAACCCGGUCACGUUCCCGCUCAACCAACCCAUUUACGUGGACGCGACUCAUGACACCGUCAUCGCGCAAAUCGUUACUGCGCUCAAUUUCACCACUUUGGCUGCGAAUGGUCCUCUGCCAGUUGACCAUAUUCCGGCAUACCAGACCUACCACGUGAACCAGAUUGCACCGUUUGGCUCGAACCUCGUGGGACAGGUCGUAUCCUGCCCCGCAUCUCCGCAGAACGCGACGCAGGAGUCGUUUAUCCGCUUCAUCCUGAACGACGGCGUCGUGCCGCUCACGGGCAUCGCCCACUGUGAAACGCCCAAUCCUGAUGGCCUGUGCCCGGUGGCGAAUUUUGUGCAGGGCAUGCAGGAGCGCAUCGCGCAGGUGAACUUCAACUACGACUGCUUCGCGGACUAUCCUGCGCCGUACCCAGACGACAUCAUCGACGGGCGAGAGUGGAAGUAG